GCUAAAGGCAUCCUGAUGGACAUGUAAUGUGUCGUUAUUAAUGAUGCUAUCAGGGCGCUAAUAGCGUCUGACACAUGGUAGCGUUGUUUGGUAAAACCGUACAGCUAUCAGUUUUAUGCUUCCUGUGGCAACUAUUUGUGUUGGUCAAUCAGAUUUACCCUAGUACUCCAGUUCAUUCAUUGGCAGUAUCACGCUUUGGAGCCUGGGAUUCUUUGGGUGCUAAAACAUAUCGAUUGCAAUGUGGAUCUACAAAGAUAAGGAACUAUGGAUGCUACGAUACACCUCAUAGGAAUGGCACCCUGCCUAAGGCGGCAUAUGCUAUGCCAACGGUCCCGUUAGGACUUUCCAAGCUAAAAUGCGGUGAGAUUGUCAUCGGCGUACCACAAAGGUGGAACGACGAUGGCGGGAUCACUGUUGACAUUGGUGCUGAAACUCCGCUUAUAGUGGACGAAGAGACUCUGGUGUUUCUGGGUGCUAAUGAACGCCGGAGGCUGGAGUCAAUUCUAGUAUCUUUGGGAGCUAAUAAGACCGCGCCACAGAAAUCCCUGGAUGACAUGAUCAAUGACACCAUCACACUCGCUGGGCGCAUCCCCGAGCGCAAGCGUAAGACAAUGAUAACCCCGAAAAUACUGGGUCCUCAAGAUGCAAUUAAGGACAUGGAAUCAACUCAUUUACUGAGUUACGACCUUGGUGUUUGUGGUGAGAUAAAACCACGUUCUGUGGACACUCCUCAUAUAGCUGGUCGCAAACAGCCUCACUGCUGGUUUCGGGAUGAUCAGAUGGAGUUUCUAAUAACUGACAUCGACAUAUAUGGCCACGCCGUCAAGGGUGAGAUAUGGUCCCCUAGCAUAGUUGAGCGGCGUCGACAGGCCUAUAUGGCUUUGGCAGUGGAAUCUGUCAAACCCAGUUCCUCGAUAACAGCCUACAAAGCUCUGAUUAAAGAACGUGAUGGCGAUCUGCUGAGGCUACAGUUUGUAGACGAGCACCUAAGGGGCUUCAAUGUUUUUGCUAUAGCCAACCCCAAGGACAAGGAGAAUGACACCGUUAUGGUUUAUUUAGCAGCCUGCGACCCUGCAUUACAGCAUGUUUACUGCACUCGUAAAAGCGUUAGUAAUGAGCAACUCCGUGCCGAGAGCUUGAAGUUACUGUAUGAUGAAAUCAUAUUCCACUAUGUGAAAACUGGAAAGUGGUUCCGUGCCUGUUAUGAGAUUAAUUUAGACGACUCAUUACAACUACGUAUAGUUGGGAAGAAUGCCAAUGACUACGACCAUUCCGCUUUGAUUUUCCUUCACCAGAUGCCAUAUUUCAGCCCAGAGGGCAUAUUGAAUGAAACAUUCAGGCAGCUCAACGAACCCAAUGACCACUUCAUAUACCACGACAUCAUGAUAAACGUUGGGAAGCUGAACUAUGGUUUUAACUAUGACAACACAAUGUUUGUGCGAAUACAUGAAUUCAAGACACCGUCUCUCUCCAGGAAUAACGUCACAAAAAAGACAUUGAAAUCAGUUAGCUGCAUUGAACUCAGUACCCUCAACAUCUGCAAACCCGAGGGCACUCUACUUGAAGGAUUCAAGAAACUAACCCAGCAGACCCUAGAUGAUUUGAAGGAACUCAGGAUCAAUACUUCAUAUCCGUGUAUGAUCCUUGGUCAGGAUGAUGGUUAUCUAUACCUCGCUGUGAAUUAUACUAGGAAAGACAAUUUCUCUUUAGAGGACCCAUAUCUCGUUGGUAUCAUGCGGAUUAUACCGAAAUCUAAGCUACUCCCACCAGGUUCAUUUGUCCACGGUCGCGUUCUAAACAUAUCCCAGCACCUGGUCAAUAGACAGUAUCUAGAAAACCACUCUGAGGUCGGUGGCCACGACAGCUUCCAGUACACCGCGUUUACAUAUUGGUUAAAUAAAAUAAAUGAAGGCAAACAAGUAUACGGCAUAAGCCGCUUUGAGUUGCAGAAAACAUUGAACCUUGUUUGGAUGGACGGCCUGUGCUUACCUGCUCCGGGAUCACCUCAAUACGAUAAAUUCUUUGCUCUGCAGCCACUAAUGACCGAAGCACAACUCACACAUACAGUGGAUGAAUCACUGACUCCCUUCUGUACUGAGGACUUCAUUAAACCUACUGUUGAAUCCGACGGCCAACCUAUGGCUCCUGAGUCCAUUACAACAGCCUUCCUGAAGGCAAUGAAACGGAAGCAGCGAGAAGCUGAGCAUCACAAGCAGCUACCUAUCGACAUGAAGGAAUUCGGUACAUUUGUGCUUCGAUAUGACGAUGAAGGCGAGGACGCAAUGGCGGCUGCACCUUGCUUCUAUAUCCAUAACAGGGAACUCAGACUCGCCAUGAUAGAGUCGCAACUCACUAGACACGCCUUAAGGAAAUUCAAACGUACAAUCGAAAUGUCACGCAUGAGUACUGAGGGUGAAAUUAAAUCAUUUUUCUAUGAUUCCAAGGGAAGAUCAUUCUACGAGAUCCUCCAGGGAAUCAGAAAUCCUAUGUACCGCCGUAGUCUGAAACCUAAUGACGCAUUCCAAUUUGAGCGGAACAUAAAGCUUCUAUUAUCUGGUAUCCAGGACUUCUAUCUGGAGUCUAUCUAUGACGCAACCGAUAGGGAGCAACUAAUCUUCGCUUCCUUGGUCCCGAGAUCUGGUAAGACGGGUGAUUUUGUGCAGAUGGACGAGCUAUCGGAGUUUGAUCAUUAUUUACGUAACGACUUUGUUAUGGACCCGCAGGCAAAGGAUUCGCUGCGAAGGGUCCUUAGUAUUCUGACACAUCCCAACAACUCAUUAAUGGCUCACAUGAGACAUAGACACCGUACCAUAGAAGAUGAUGUCUUCUAUUCUUAUCGCAAGAUGCUACAUUACGACACCUGGGAGGACUACAAGAUGCCAGAGGAGGAAUUGGAUAAAAUCGAUCCAUUUCACGGUCCCACUUCACCCUUACCUCCGAUAUCCGAGUUGGUCACUGACCCUGAGGACUUGGCCACUCAACUACAUAAACGCGGCUACGGCCCUGCAAAGAGUCUAUACAGUUUAUGCUUAAGAAUGCACCGUACUCCGGUAUCUGAUUACGUGGAACGAUCCCUGGUCCGAAUGAAUGAGGACCAGGAGCAGCGCUUGGACGCCACCAUAACUCCUGAGGACAUUGACGAAUACGUCAGGGAGGAGUUGAAGAAUUCAGAAUCCACGGAUUCAACAAUAGAUAACAAACCCCGGAAGGUGCGUAUCACAGCUCAGGAGUGGCGCAAGCUCAAUAAACUGCAAACUGGAUUCAAUGCUGAGGAAUUGAAGGAGUACUUGCGUGAGAUAAAGGCAUUUCAACCUGUUCACGGCGUCCGUUUACCAAUUCUCUAGUGGUGAAUAUUCCAGCUGCUAUUGGAAAACCUCGUUAAUGUUGUGCGUAACAUGUGUAGUAUUCUUUCAAGUUGCUUUUGGUUUCUGUACAUAUACACAU